GUGCAUCUCUAUAUAAAAUUCAAGAUGAUAGUGUUAAACUAAGGCAUUUUCUUGGUGCAGACAAUGCGGAUGAAAUAGAAGCCAUACUAUCAGAGCGUGAGAGCCACUCCUUACACGAAUUUAUUGAUAGAGAUGAGCUACUCCAUCCUGUUAUAGACUUUGAUUUACCAAUAGAAAUAUUAAAUGCCAUAACUCCUAAGCUUUCAGGCGGUCAGGCAAAAAUUCACUUUGUUGUGCCUUUAGAGAUACUUGCCUAG